GAUGGCGGAGCCGGGGCCCGUCGUACGGGCUGAGCCGGGAGGUGCAGCAGAAGAUCGAGCGUCAGUACGACCCCGAGCUGGAGCAGCUGCUGCUGCGCUGGAUCCAGACCCAGCUGGGCCCCGACGCCCCCGCCCCGCCCCAGCCCGGCAGGGACGGCUUCCAGCAGUGGCUCAAGGAUGGCACUCCCGGCAGGGACGGCUUCCAGCAGUGGCUCAAGGAUGGCACCCCCGGCAGGGACGGCUUCCAGCAGUGGCUCAAGGAUGGCACCGUUCUGUGCCACCUCAUUAACAGCCUGCAUCCCCGGGAUCGCCCGGCCGUUCCCAAGGUGCAGGGCUCGGCCAUGGCCUUCCGGCAGAUGGAGCAGAUAUCCCAAUUCCUGCAGGCGGCCGAGCGCUACGGGAUCGCCCCCACGGAUAUAUUCCAGACUGUGGAUCUGUGGGAAGGGAAGAACCUGGCGUGCGUGCAGCGCACUCUGAUGAACCUGGGCAGCCUGGCAGCCGCCAAGGGUGAUGGGCUCUUCCGAGGAGACCCCAACUGGUUCCCCAAGUAGGUGCCAGGGACCCCAAAAACACCCCCAGGGACACCAAAACACCCACAGGGACACCAAAAAUUAACACAGGGACACAAAAACUCACACAGGGACACCAAAAACUCACACAGGGACCCCAAAAAUUCACACAGGGACCCCAAAAACACCCCCGGGGACACCAAGAACACCCCCAGGGAUACCAAAACCUCCCCAGGAACCAAAAUAUCCUCCCCAGGGACCCCAAAAGCACCCCAGGGACACCAGAAAUUCACUCAGGGACACCAAAAAUUCAUCCAGGGACCCCAAAACCACCCCCAGGGAGCCCAAAAAUUCACUCAGGGUCACCAAAACCACCCCAGGGACAC